AUGGCUGAGGCAAAGGUGAGCGCUGAGAAGAAGGCGGCAAACCCGAUGCGGGAGAUUGUCGUAAAAAAGCUCUGCAUUAACAUUUGCGUGGGUGAAUCUGGUGAUCGUCUCACCCGUGCAUCGAAGGUGCUCGAGCAACUCUGCGAACAGACUCCCGUUCUGUCCCGCGCGCGAUUAACGGUCCGUACAUUUGGUAUCCGGCGUAACGAAAAGAUUGCCGUGCACUGCACUGUGCGUGGCAAGAAGGCUGAGGAACUACUGGAAAAGGGUCUGAAGGUUAAGGAAUUUGAGCUAAAGAGCUACAACUUCUCUGACACAGGUUCCUUUGGCUUCGGUAUCUCAGAGCAUAUUGAUCUUGGUAUCAAAUAUGAUCCGUCUACCGGUAUCUAUGGUAUGGACUUCUACGUCGUUCUCGGCCGCCGCGGUGAGCGCGUGGCGCACCGGAAGCGCAGGGUUAGCCGUGUGGGCUUCAACCACCGUGUCCGUAAGGAGGAGGCCAUGAAGUGGUUCGAGAAGGUACAUGACGGUAUUAUCUUCCAAGCCAAGAAAAAGAAGAAGUCGAUGGUUCGCCGUCGCCGCCGUUAA